AUGCCGGACUGGUCGAUCGAUUACGCUUCAAUAAGUGCAAACAAAAGGACAAAAGCGGUUGCUAAUCCUGUGGGAUACGAGCCAGGUGCACUUUCACAAUCCAAGGGGGCUUCAAAGUCAGCACGACAAACGACAACACAAGAUGCUCAUAACGAUAGUGCAUUAAAGAUUCGGAGAGCUUGGGAUGUUGCAUGGGGUCCAGCCAAGAGUAUUCCUAUGAAUGCCAUCAUGAUUUAUAUGACCGGUAACGGUGUGCAGAUCUUUAGUGUCAUGAUCACAAUCAUGCUCUUCUUGAACCCAGCCAAAGCCAUCAUGUCAUUGCAACAAACAUUUGGUCGUUUUGAAUCCAAGGAAACAGCUGCAGAAUUGAUUGUUCCGAAGCUUUUGUUUAUUGGCCUUCAUUUAUUGACAGUGCUUUUGGGUGUGUACAAAGUCAAUGCAAUGGGCUUGCUUCCUACAACGACAUCGGAUUGGUUGGCCUUUUUACCUCAUAAACAGAUGCUCGAGCAUGUUGAACUAUAA